GUGAAGAGCACGUGAACGCAGCAUGGUUGGACGACGGAGCGGAGAGGAGAGAAAGGGCAGAGAAGGAACCUGUGAUCGAUCCUGGUCGCUUCUUGGCGCCAAUCCGGUUUAAAGAGAAGAAAACUGCCAGUUUUCAUUGACGUUCUCAUCAGAUUCGGGUCCAGCCGCCGGUUCUGUCUCAGCCGUCAGUCGGUGCUGUAGCCUGCUAGCCUCGUUAGCACAAUAUCUAUCAUUGUCAUAUUAAUCUGGCCCCCUUCUCUCCGUCUGUAGUCACGAUACUAAUAACUCAGCAACAGUCAGCACGGGGACAAUAGAGGAGCGUUUCUCCGGGGGAUCGAUUGAACAGCGGAGAAAAUGGGGAGGAAGUCCAACAGAGCAAAGGAGAAGAAGGCCCGGCGUCUGGAGGAGAGGGCAGCCAUGGAUGCCGUCUGUGCCAAGGUGGAUGCAGCCAAUAAGCUCGAUGACCCACUGGCUGCUUUCCCAGCCUUCAAAAAAUACGACAGAAAUGGGUUGAACCUGCAGAUAGAGUGUAAGAGAGUGACCUCCCUCAACCCACUGUCAGUGGAGUGGGCCUUCGAACUCACCAGAGCCAACAUGCAGACACUGUAUGAGCAGAGCGAGUGGGGAUGGAAGGAGAGGGAAAAGAGGGAUGAGAUGAACGACGAGAGGGCGUGGUACCUGUUGGCCCGCGACGGUGACUCCGCCCCCGUGGCCUUCUCUCACUUCCGGUUCGAUGUGGAGUGUGGGGAGGAGGUUUUAUAUUGCUAUGAGGUGCAGUUAGAGAGCAGAGUGAGGAGGAAAGGACUCGGGAAGUUCCUCAUCCAGAUACUGCAGCUCAUCGCUAACAGCACACAGAUGAAGAAAGUGAUGUUGACAGUUUUCAAACACAACCACGGGGCUUACCAGUUCUUCCGAGAAGCUUUACAGUUUGAGAUCGAUGAGACCUCGCCAAGCAUGUCCGGUUGCUGCGGCGACGACUGCUCUUACGAGAUCCUCAGCCGGCGGACCAAACAUGGCGAGGCCUCGGCGGGACACACCCACGGUGGCGGUCACUGUGGGGGCUGCUGCCACUGAUCCAGCUUCAGAUCCACCUUUUAUGAUGAUGAUGGUUAAAAGCCAGCAACGUUUUGUGGCUGUGUGUGAAAGCUUGAGCUGCCUGCUACGCUGUUUGAACGGCUGUAGAUGAACCGAUGGUGAAAUACCUGGCUACAGAUAUUGAUGUCGCAUUAUGGAUUGAGAUUUACGUGUUUCUUUUUCGUGUAUUCCUGCUACACAAGCAGUAUGCAGUGUGAGCUUUCACACAUAGCUCCUGUCUUUUCUUUUAAUACUUCUUCUUGGUUCAGUGUCCAGGCUGUCUUCUCUCAUUCUCUUACCCCAGUUAAUGAUGACCGUUAGUAGUUCCUAGUCAAGGACAAGUUAGUUGCAUUGUUGACAUUCUCUACCACUGCAGUGAACUUCAUCCCAUCCUGCUCUCAUCCUCUCUACUCCUGACGUGCUGUACUGUAUUAAAUCAUUGAGCAGCACUUCUCAAACUUUGGUUCUGGACUUAAUAGUGGUUGUUUGCGUCAGGCUGUUUUAUAAAAACUUAGUACCUCAAGUCUGCAGAUGGACUUUUAGUGAGAGUCAGUUCUCUGUUAAACAGCCCCUGAUUUCUUUGGGACCCAACACUGAGACUAGUAGCUUGUUUCAAUGGACCAGGGUCCCAAGAUCGGGCUGAUGAUGUACUUAUGAUUUGGUCCCAGAAGAACCGUCUGAGAAGCCUUGCCGUACUGUAAUAUCAACUGUUUUUUUGCAAGUUGUAUGGCUUGUAAUUUAUUUUGUAACAAACUCACUGCAACUAGCAGCGGUUUUGAACUACACCUGUCUUUUUAUUCUAUGGUCAAAAGGUUGCAGUACAGUUUUCUAUCCAUCUGCCCGCUUCAGCGUGUAGUCGUCUCCCUGCUUCUAUUUGCUUUGAAUCUGCGUUCAGCCCAGAUACAGUCCCAGUAUGACCCUCUUGCUCAUUCAGAUGUUCAGCUUGCUUUAAAGGGGCACUAUGUAGAUUUAGAAAAGAAAUUAAAACUCAGAAUUUUUAUAUUUAUAAUAUUAAUGAGGUAAUGAUACAAACUCUAAUAUUGAUCUUUUCCAUAAAUGAACAAACAAACUGUUCUCAGAGGAAAUAAGAUCCCCGGAACACUUUUUGAAGCUAGGAAGGUGACAGGGUCCGCCACAUAUAGAUGAAGUCAAACACCCUGAAACUGUGUCGUACUUCAAGCUCAGUCUGUUUGUUCAGCCAUGAAAACAGUUUGUUUUAGUUUGUUCAGGCAUAAAACAAAUCAGUCAAUGAUAUUAUUUUCCUCUGGUUAAAAUUUCUUCCCCAAAACUACAUCGUUUACCUUUUAACUGUAAGAGGUUCAGAUCAUGAACUGAAACCUACACGAGCUCUUCAGCUCACCGUCACGCUUUCUUCCCACCAUCUUUUUCUUGUUUCCAUGCUUACGGAUAUGAAUUGGAGAUUCAGUUCUGUAAAGUGACACCCUCCUUCCUCCCUCCACGUCUUUCCUCCCUCCACCUCCUUCAGGCACCUACAAUGGCUGCAGACCAUUUCUGUUGCUAUCCUCUUCAAUCACUCUGUAUAAUCUCAUUCCUCGUGCUUGCCUCUUCGUUCACUUCGUUAUGGAGAGGUGAUAAUGAUAAACAAGUCGAUGUUGACGCUACCUUUAGCUGUAUUUAAGAAAUUCAUCCUCCAUCCCUUCUCUUAUUAUAUUCUGUUAGCAUGAGCAAAUCAUAUUGAUUUAACAUGGAUAAGGGUUGGUUGAGGUCACCUCUUCAUUGUGUGGCUGUUUGAAAGCUGAUGAAUGCUGUUAAUUUUGAGGAAGGAACGUGGAUUGGAUGGAUGAUAGACGUCACUGCAGAGGGCCGAAGUUGUUUUUAAUGGUUAGUCCUCCUCCUCCUCUACCUUCUUCCCAGUUGUCAACUGUUUCCCAGCCCACCAUCAUAAGUUUGCAUGAGAAAAUUUUAAAUAACAAAACUGGUAGUCUGAAUCAGGACAGUGCUGCGUCUGAGCUUUAGCAUUACUGUUGGAACUCGUAUCUAAAAUCCUCCUGUGGGUCUACAAGCGUUGCUUUAAUAUUUCAUUCAGAUCUCCCAUGAACAUCCGUGCAUGUUUGAAUUAUUUGAAAAGGGGAGUUGUGUGAAACUUAAAGUUCAAUAUUUGGCUAAAGUUGUGCUGUACAUCUGCAGCAAAGAUGCUUGUAGGAGUUCCACUUUGGAUCUUUGACGCUGUCACUUGUCAACCUAGAAAAUCUGCUGUGAUAACCUCCUUCUUGGUUGAUUACAUUUCUGUUUUGUAUAAAACCUUCAAGCAAUUUUUGCAGCGUGAGUCAGCUGGGUUAGGAGCCCGAAACGACCACAACACCCUUUAUUUCCAGGACUGUGGUCAGAUUUGACAGAUUUUAGUUGUGGGCUUGAGGAAGAAAAAGACAUAACUUUACACGACUUCAGAUGUAAAGAUUCCUCUGUCUUUUGUGUGUUAGGAGGUCAUAUCAAGGCUCAGCGUGACAUUUUGUACAUAUAAUACCUGGAUAAAGUAUGUGAAACUGGGGAGACUGAAAUGUGAAGAUUCAUUCAUAGAAACACCUAAAUACUGAGUUAAUCAGAGUGACACAAGGACAAACGUUCAGAUCCUGGGGGAAGUUUUUGGCUGUUUCCAGACUGGGCCAAGACAAAAAACACAUUCAGAACUCGGAGACGACCAACUGGUGUCUCAACAGCAAAAACAGUUUAACAACAUAUUGCUUGUUUUAGCGCUAGACUACCUUCUGAUAAGUACAGUAAAUCAUUUUUUUGUAUGGCAUAGGUUACAAUUAAGAGGAUGUGUGUGUGUGUGUGUGUGUGUGUGUGUGUGUGUGUAUAUAUAGUGGUAGUAAAUCAGCCGACUGACAGUCUCUCUCUCUCAGGUUAAUCAAACGUAAUCAAACCUCAUCUGUCUCAUUAACAGCCGUGUUGUCAGUAAGCUGUUCGCUGGAUCUGAUUGGCCGCAGCUCUGAUGUAGAGUCAGUUUGUGUGUUACAUGCCGUAGUAUUUAAUGGACAUGAUCUUAAAUUCUACUUUUAACACAACUAGUGACAACACUGAUUUUUAGUUUUUAUAUGUUGCAGUAAAGGCGAAAAGGAAUCGAACGCCUUGUAAAUGUGAAAUUACAUGAAAGUAAGUGACACAAAGUUUGAACUGACUCUAGAUCAGUGCUCAGUUUUGACAUUCAGUGCAGACAGGUGGGCUGUCUUUAAAAAUAAAAAAUAAAAAAGGCUCAUUGGACGUAAAAAUGCUUUGGUGAAAAUAUCUGGAAGAUGAGCCGAAACUUAGCCAGUUUAUUUUAAGUCAGUUAGUACUUUUAUUUUGGAAAAAUGGUUACGUACCCUCACAAAAUCACGAUCCCCUUCUCUUGGUCUUCUUCUCUGUGUGUAUAUAUAUAUAAGCUGUUGUGGAUCCAUCUUCAUUUUAAUUUCUUGGCCUUUUACAGGUAAAAACACUUUUUUUAAACAUGAUGUGAAAAGAAAAACUCCCAUGUUUGAGAGUGAGUGUUUCAUCCUGUCCAUAGACGACAAUGAAAGGGAAAACGAAGUCAUUAUGCCUUGUCAGUGUUUUAUUUGUAUGUUACAAAUAAAGGAAAGUUGUUUGACUUUUCAGA